AAAGAGAGAUUGCGGAAAUGAUUUGUAUUAAAAGUCAAUUCAAAACAUUCAACCUACAAAGAGACACAGAUUGCCUGUUAUUUAUGAUUCGAUCCUGGAAAACAUUUGAGUUCACCUUGCUGAUACUUGAGUGGCUGCCGUCAGAUUAGUCGGAUGUGAUAUUGUGAGAUUAUGUGUGUUUAUUGGUCAUCUUCUGCCAGUAGGUAUUAAUAUAAUAUGUUAUGUAUAGUUUUUAGCAAUUCAUUUCAAAUUGUCGUGUUUUUAUUUAUAGAAGAUGACUAAUUUGUGUUGUUCAUAUAUUACACCUGAAGAGGACCAAAAUUGAUGGUCGAAACGUUGUUCGAAAACAUAUAUUGUUCUAAUAUUGAAAUAUCCUUUGAGCAUAGCGCAUAAUAUAGCAGCGACAUCUACAUUUGAUGAAACAGUGACUUAAAAUAAAAGUAAAUAACUGCUGCACUUGCCCGAGAUGCCUCUGUUAAAGAAUAGUCUGACAUGAAAAAGUGUGUCGAGAGGACGUGAGUGAUGAUUAUCAAAUAUUUUGUAACGAUCACGUUGGUUAUAAAAGUGAAAUGAAAGUUGAACUAAGCCAUGAGGAACCACUUGAUUCAUAUUCAGUUCACGAGGAGUCGUUGACAAGACAGCAAUUAACAACAACAAAUGAAGAACAAGGAAUGUUACAACAGAUGCCAGACCCUACAUCGUUGGUUGUUCAGAAUCAAGGAAACGCAAAGAGAUUGACAAAGAGCAAACGCACCCGAACGGCCUAUACUAGCGAGCAACUAAUUGAACUCGAAAGAGAAUUUGAUCUCGGCCGUUACCUAUGUAGAUCGCGGCGUAUCAUGAUAGCUAACAACCUCAAGCUGACCGAGAAGCAGAUCAAAGUAUGGUUCCAAAAUCGACGGAUGAAAUAUAAGAAGGAGGAAAGCUCAGCCGAAAAGUCCGAGUGUAGUAAAUCGAGCGAGAUGACCGACAACUACAAGAAUCCGCUGAACAAUAGUAGAGUGACAAUGUCGGAGGCUACUUUCAAGACAGUGACAAGUGACUCAAAAUCGUCGACUUGGAUCACUCCCUUGGACAAUUCUACCGUGCAUAGCCCCGCUUCGAAUACUUUAUCUGCACAUUCCAGUAACGUGUCGCAAAACGAUCAUAGGACAUUAUCAAAUUAUCAAAUUCCCUCUUAUAAGAUAUCUCAAAAUUAUCCUGACGCGAUUGUAUCGGCCACAGCGGCUACACCUGCCCAAACAUCUAGCAAUACUUUGCAGAAUUGUAUGUUCUAUCAGCAGUUGCAGCAACGUUACCCAUGUCAGCAGCAAGUCGAUUAUCUAUUGCCCACAAGCAGCUCUACCCAAUACCAGUCUCAGCAGAGCAAUAAUUUACCACAACAGUGGAAUCAAUCGCAAGUUCAGACUGGUACCGGAUUCAAUGAUGCAAAUUCUUAUCCAAUAAAACGAAGUAAUUAUAUCUAUGAAAAUGUCACGAGUACUUCGCCUAAUCAAAACGCAUACACAUUGCGUCCUCCCUUACAAACUGCUAUUGUUCAAGAUCUUUCUAAUUUUGCACAUAGUUCGGUCAAUUUUCCAUAUUGGCUUACGGAAAACUGUACUGAGCAACAACCAAUUUCUACUAACGAACCGCCCGAUUACAAUGAUUUCAAUUUGACAGAUUUGUAACGACUAAAGCACAACACGUACCUCUUAAGAUUUUAGUCGUAAUAAGUCAUCAUAAUAAUUAAUAUAAAAUUAUAUUUAAUUAACGAAAACAAGUAUACAGUAGCAGUAGCGCUCAAAAGUCUUUUGACAAAUAGUUUUUUCUAAAUUAUUUUAUUAAUAACAAUACUAUGUAUAUAUUAUUAUAUAUACUAUACAUAAUUAUGUAUACAUAUUAAGCUUCAUAAUAUAAACUUUGCAUACACCAAUGUUUUAUCAGAAAAAUACUAUCUAAUUGUUAAAUAUGCUUUGCGGUUCCUGGAGUUCUUCCCUCAUGACUGGCGCGUGAGUUCGUUUAUUUUUAAUAGUGUUUGAGUAGGAAUCGCAUCCUAUUUCCGACCUAAUUCGUUAAAAAACAAAUUAAACAUUCUCAAAAGACUUUUAAGCGGUGAUAAAGUAAAUUUCCGUUUGUCUUAUUCAUUUAGUAUUGGCCAAAAUAUAAUUUCGUUGAAAACAUGUACUAUUAUGUGCAAAGAUUAUAUUAUAAAAUUAUAUAUAUAUAUUAAUAAUUAUUAAUAAUAUUUUAUAUAUAGUAUUAUUAUUAAUAAUUUAGAAAAAACUAUUUGUCAAAAGACCUUUGAGUGCUACUAUACAUUUGUUUCUUUAUUUUAAAUAUGUUUCAUCUCUCAUUAUGUAUGUACAAUAAAUAGAUUUUAGAGAUAAAACUUCUCAUGAAUUGUAUUCAUUGCUGUCUUGCUGUAUAUCAUUAAUAUAAGCAUGUACUAUUUUGUAAUAUAUGUGCAUAUAUAUAUUGUUACCGUUAAAGUGUAUAAGUAAUCCGUUAUUCUAUGAAAUAACUAGUUGAAAUGAAAUACCGGGUCUCGGUAGUUAAAGUAUAGAAUAGUUUGCUAUUCUAUACUUUACCUAGUUAUUCCAUAGAAUAGCGGCUGCGAUGUAUGUAAAGUGUGUAACGAAAUACCUCCUCUUUAACCAAAUACUUCAACUAGUCUCAUUAUCUCUGGGCUGUGUAACUAGUUAUUUCAUAAAAAUAUGCAUGUAUUGUGUAUUUAGGUUAGGUUAGUUUAGGUUUAUAUACAUAAAAACAUAAAAGUUUUUGUUAUUUAAUGUCUAAUCGACCUAAGAAACCAAAAAGACUUUCAACUGAACGUCAUGCCAUUAUGACAAAAACUUUUUUGUCAAUGUAGCAAACUUUAAACAGGCUACUGAAACCUAUCUAGUUCUUCAAGUUAUAAUCUUCGACCUGUAUCUAUUUAUUUCACACUUUAUUUUGCACAAUUACGUUAUUUCAUAGAAUAACUAGAUAAUGUAUAGAAUAACUAGUUAAAGUAUCAAAUAGUAUAAGCACUACCGAGAACCGAUAUUUCAUGAAAUAAUUAGUUAUUAGUUAUGAAUAACAGCAUUAUACCCUUUAACAGUAACAUGUAUACAAAAUAUGUAUAUGUUACUAUAUAUAGGAAAAAGAAAUAUUUUCUUAUGUAAAUUUAAUAAAUUGUUACAAUCAGUAGCAGCAAAAAUGACUUCAAGAAAUUAAUAACUAAAAUUACUCAAAUUUAUUUAAAUUGUACAAAUGUGGAGUCCAAUAUGUAAUAA